GUUCCACCAAGGAGUUGAUUGAGAGCUGCUGUGGGGCUGGACAACAGUGGGCUAUAGACAACGGGGAGUGCACGGAAAUCCCUGUAAGUGGAAUGGAUGGUGAUAUUUGCAGGAUUGCUCAGAAGCAGUGCUGUGUCUCCACGGUGAAGGAGAACAGCUGCCUGGCUGGCAUGAUCGCGGCCAAGGAGGGCGACGCGUGCGGCCCAGAGGAGAGCGAUCCCUGUGGGGGGUCGUCAUACAAGCAAUGCUGUGAUUGCUGUAAUCUGGGCCUGCGGCUGAGGAGUGAGGGGAAAACCUGUGAGUCCAACAUCAACCUGGGCUACCCCUGCAGCCACGUGAUGCUGUCCUGCUGUGAAGGGGGGGAUCACUUCAUCCAUCCAGAAAUAAAAAGACAUCCUGAACCUUUGCCAACAGUAACACCUGAGAAGGUUUCAGAGACAGAAGAUCACAAUGAAGCUUUAUCCAUCAGCAGUGAAACUGAACUGUCAAAUAACCUUCCUGGAGACGACCUGGACGAGUGUCUUCUCUAUGGUGGGGAGCUCUGUCAGCAUUUGUGUAUCAACACUGUGGGCUCCUACAAGUGCUCAUGUUUUCCAGAAUUCACAUUGCAAGAUGAUGGGUCCAGCUGCUCUCUAGAUCCUGACAGAGAACAGGUGACAAGGCUGAAAGCUGAAGCCACCAUCCCUCCAGUAUCCUCUCCCUCUCAGCCCAUUCUCGUUGUGUCCUUACAGGAAGAACAGGAUAAGUGUAAAGACAACGGCCCCUGCAAACACCUCUGCAAUAUUGUGGAAGGAGAUGCUGUGUGCUCCUGUCUGGCUGGGUAUACACUCAUGGCUGAUGGGUUUUCCUGUGAAGACAUUAAUGAGUGUGUAACAGAGAGGCACACCUGCCAGCGGAGAGAGCACUGUGUCAACACCAUGGGAUCGUUCCAGUGUCUCCAGGAACUGAGCUGUCAGCCAGGCUAUGAGCUUAAGGAUGGAGAGUGUGUUGAUAUCGACGAAUGUGAGAGAGGAACUCACAGUUGCAAAGUAAACUUUGUUUGUCAGAAUACAGAAGGGUCAUUCUACUGUGAGUCUAAGCAACGCUGUAUGGAUGGAUUCCUGCAAGACCCUGAGGGAAACUGUGUUGAUAUUAAUGAAUGCACAUCUCUCCCUGAGCCAUGUAAACCAGGAUUCAACUGCAUCAAUACUGUAGGGUCUUACACCUGCCAGAGGAACAUGCUGACCUGCAGCAGAGGCUACCACUCCAACGAGGAGGGAACCCGCUGUGUCGAUGUGGAUGAAUGUCAGACUGGUGUACACCGGUGUGGUGAAGGGCAGAUCUGUCAUAAUCUUCCCGGGUCCUAUCGCUGUGACUGCAAGAUGGGAUAUCAGUACGAUGCCUUCAAGGAGCUGCAUUAUAUAAAUGAGUGCUGGAAUUACCCCGGACGCCUGUGCCAGCACACCUGUGAGAACACCCCUGGCUCCUACCACUGCACUUGUUCUUCUGGUUUCCGCUUGUCUUACGAUGGGAAGCACUGUGAAGAUGUGAACGAAUGCGAUAACAGUCCCUGCAGCCAGGAGUGUGCCAAUGUUUAUGGUUCCUACCAGUGCUACUGCAGGCAAGGCUUCCAGCUGGCAGAAGAUGGACAUUCAUGUAAAGACAUCGACGAGUGCUCGCAGAGCGCAGGCAUUCUGUGCACCUUCCGCUGCGUGAACGUCCCUGGCAGCUACCAGUGUGCUUGUCCUGAGCAGGGAUACACCAUGGCAGCAAAUGGCAGAACCUGUCGAGAUAUUGAUGAGUGUGCAAUAGGAACCCAUAACUGUUCAGCUGCAGAGACUUGCUACAACAUCCAGGGCAGCUUCCGCUGCCUGUCCUUCGAGUGCCCUUCCAACUACAGAAAAGUGUCUGACAUGAGGUGUGAACGCAUCAGCUGCUUUAAUUACCUGGACUGCCAGAACACCCCAGUGCGCAUCACCUACUACCAGCUGAACUUCCAAACCAACAUUGUGGUCCCGGCUCACAUUUUCCGGAUCGGACCAUCUCCUGCCUAUGCUGGAGACAACAUCAUCCUCACCAUCACCAAAGGGAAUGAAGAAAGCUACUUCAGCACCCGCAGGCUCAACUCCUACACAGGCAUCGUCUACCUGCAGCGACAAGUCAAAGAGCCUAAAGACUUUCUGUUGGAUGUAGAAAUGAAACUGUGGCGCCAGGGAACAUACACUACUUUUCUUGCCAAAAUUUACAUUUUCAUCACAGCUCAUGCCUACUGAAACCUGUGCUGACCUUGGAUUUUAUUGGUGCUAUGCUCUUUACCUGUUCUACCAAAGCUUAAUACUGUUGAACUGGCAUUUAAUGUAUCUAGCCUUUAUAUUAUUUUUCUAUCAUUGCUUUAAACUUUUUUAUUGGUUGUGUAAAUUAAGUUAAUUUUUAUCUUUUUAUGUUUUGUUUUCUUAUGCAAUUCUGUGCAUCAUCAUUUGCCAACAAAUGAAGGAAGGGUUAGAAAGGCAGAACAUACAUUGUGGUAAAUGCUGGGACCUUUCCUUAGCAAUUGUUUGUAGAUGUAGUCACUUCUGCAGGGUAUUGCACUACAGAGGAGAUGUUCACUUGGGAGUAUUGGGAAAAAAACUUUGAUUGAUUUCUCUUUAUGACACAAAGUCAUGGUUUGGCUGAGGCAGUGCCUUCACUGAGGUCUCUCUGCUGAGAUGCUGUGUGGAAGGCCGUACGUGUCCACUGCUGGGUAACACACCUCCUGGGACCGGUUUACUUUCCUCCUUCCAACUUUCAUAAUAUGUUGCUUUAAAAUAUAUAUAAAUAAAACUCCACCAGUGAAAAA